AUGGCUUUUGGUAGUUUUAAAAAUGUUUUUGCAGCAUUUACUCGUCGAAAAGCGAUCGAAAGUACCUUCGAGUCGCCGCUACGUCGUUGUCUAGUUUUCUGGGACCUAUUUUUACUCGGGGUCGGCGGCUCAGUCGAUGUGGCGUUGUAUAUUGUAUUAGGAAAUGUGGCGAGAGAUCUCUGCGGCCCAUCAAUCGUCAUCUCAAUGAUAAUUGGCUUUUUUCUGUGCUUUGCAAGUGGAUUAUGCUACGCCGAGUUUGGCUCCUACGUGCCAACAUCUGGGUCAGAUUACGACUACGUGUACUCGGCUUUAGGGGAGCUCUGCGGCUUUCUGGACGGAUGGUCCAUUUUAAUUGGUUCUGUGAUUGCCACUGCUACGCUGGCGCAAGGUGCCGCAGAUUUGCUGAGGUCACUUACUGAUUCAGCUACAUUCAAUUAUUUGGAUGCUCAUGCCACCCUACCUGACCAUGCCCUGCUUGCCCCCAAUGUGAACAUUGUUGCCGCAGCACUUAUUAUACUUGUAACCAUUAUUACUGCAAUGGGCGUCCAAAGUUCAGUGCGGAUCAACGAUGGUAUUGUUGCAAUUAAUUUAUUGGUCAUCGUGUUUAUAUUCGUUACUGGACUUGUAUACAUCGAUUUUGACCACUGGUCGGGCUGGGACAACUUUGCUCCAUAUGGCGUUAACGGUAUCCUAAAGUCACUACCGUUUACCAUAUUUUUCUACGCUGGGUUUGUUUCUAUAACUUUUUCCACUGAAGAAGUUAUAAACCCACAGAAAAUUUUACCUAGGUCUAUAAUGGCCUCGUUAAUUGGUGUAUUCAUUUGCUUUUUCUGUAUUGGGACUGUACUAACUUUGAUCAUCCCAUAUAACCAACUAUCGACAGUGUCGCCCUUGUCUGAUGCUUUUGCAAUGGUCGCAUUCAAACAGUCGAAAUAUGUCAUAGCAUUUGGUGGAUUUUGUUCCUGUUUUAGUUCUGUUCUUACCGCAUGCUAUGCAAACUCUCGUCUAACAUACGUCAUGGCAAGAGACGGCUUGCUAGUGAGUUUUCUUCACAAAGUUAACCAGCAAUCAUUAGUACCAAUCCAAGCAGUUUUGGUCACUGGCUUCAUAGCGACUAUACUAACAGCAUUUGUUGAUUUAACAAUUUUAAUUGAGGUAUGUUCCAUACUAGCAUUAAUACCAUAUGUGACAUUGGCCAUCACUGUGAUACUGCUACGAUACAAAGAACAUGGUGCUAACGAUGUAGUGAACAUUAAUUGUGAUGAUGAAGCACAACCUAACAGUACAGAGUCGCAUCAAAUUGCUUCAGCUACAGACAACUUAAUGAAUGGUCAUCCACUGUUAUCACAAAUGAACAUUUUAUUCGGAAGAAAAGCCAAGUCAACAAUUAUAAUUGCAUUAGUAGUACUAUUCCUAUCAUCAGCUGGUAUAUCUUUGGUUAUUCGUUUUGGGAUAUCCUACAAACUCGAAACACCCCUCUUUGUUGCCCUAAGUAUUAUUUUCACCAUCCCACUGUUGGCAUCUAUGGUGGUUAUAUACAGAACCCCGCAUCAAAUAUUAAAAUUUCCAUUUACAAUCCCAAUGUUUCCAAUGCUGCCGACUGUCUGCUUUGCUGCAUGUACGUUUGUCAUGUUUCAGUUUAGUAUGUGGGCAUGGAUACUGUUUGUCAUCAAUACUGUAUUUGGUAUGUAUUUGAAAUGGUAGGAUAGGUCUUAUUCACCCCAGCAAGCCACAAUGCACCAUGCUUAACCAGUUAACCCAUUACUUAACUCAGGUUACAAAUCAAUCAAGCUGGUUGAUGUUGAUUACUAUUCACGUUUUAUUUUAAUGGGAGGGCACCUUGCAUGGGCACUUCAGUCCUCCUUUGCUGACUGGUUAACUUUCAAUAUAUAUUUGUACAUAUUUAUUAAAUAUAUAACCAAUUAAGUGAGAGAAAAAAGCAAAAAAUGUGGACAAAAAGGACAGGCACACUUGUGUAAUACUGUCAAAAAUUGUCUUAUUAUAAAUUAACCCAUUGGGCACUAGCAUGCACUUUUUCCUUGACAGUAAAAUCAUCUGGUGUUAGACAGAAUAAAAUAAUAAAGUAGGGUGCAUUGGGGCACAAUGCAAAUACUUAAUGGGUUAACACAUGAUUCUAGUAAAACUGACAUGUUUCGAGCAAAGGCCCUUUGUCAGAAACUUCCCAACGAAGGGCCUUGGCUUGAAAUGUCAGUUUUACUCAUAUUUUUCAGGUAGUUGAAUCCCUAUUCAUCUCAAUUUUCUGUUAUUUUUGUCACUACCCACCACUGGCACAGAUUGUUCGAGUUUAUAAUACCUGAGUGCACCACAUUAGGGGUGCACCUGAACCGAGUUCCGGUGCACCCCUACCUACUUUCUCACCAAAGCUGCAUAUUUCCCACAAUGUUAUUUAUAAACGUUUUGUAUAUAUAUAGUAUAAGUAUGUUAACACAUGUUAUUGUAGAUUUUCAUGUUAUUUUGUAAUAUAUAUGUAUUGAAGUUGAAAUUUAUAAUGCAGGCCCCACUGAAAAACACUUCUGUGACGUGGGUAUCCUGGAUAAAUAUAAAUAUAAUAAUAACCUGUGCUUUUCUUUAGGUCUAGUUAUCUAUCUUGGUUAUGGUAUUAAGAAUAGCAAGGUGAAUCCAUUGAAUGCCACCAGGGCUGCAGAUAUAGAACUGAGUCAAAAUCCACCACUAUUAACAUGAAUUGGUAGUAAUUACAGUAUUAUUAUUUUUCCAAUUGGGAAAAUACAAUUUUAGCAAGUAGCCUACUGUGGGCAAAAUAUUAAGGCAAAUAUUACAUAAUGUAGUUUAUUAAUUAUUACACACUAUAUUGGAGAAUACCCCAAUUGUUAUAUUAUUUCAAUACAGAUAAUACAUGUAUAAAAUGAACAAUGAUUAUUUAAUUGGAAAAUGAAAGAGCCUUUUGUCUCUUGUGUUUUUCCAUUUCAUUAACUAUCUUACUCCAUUUGACAAGUUUUCAAAGUGCAAAUGAUUGGCCAAACGUUUACAAACACUUAAUACUUAAUAAUACUACUGGGUUUUAUUAUUAUUAUUAUUAUUAUUAUCUUCAUAUUUAUCCAGGAUACCCACAUCACCAAAGUGUUUUUCAGUGGGGUCCUGUUUACUACAUAAGCAGAGAAAAAUGAUAUAAUUAUUCUACGAAAUGUUAUCAUACUGAAUACAAACCUACUCUGUGCAAUUAAUUAAUUCAACAUUAUUAAAAACAAUCUAACAUUGAAACAAAACUACCACUCAUACACCCAAACAUAACUCCGUAUAUAGGCUUUCUUAGGUGCCGUGUUCAUAGAAGCCCACUGCCUCUUUUUUCCUGGAAAAGUGUCGGUGGGUUUGCCUUCUCCCUUUAAGUAUGCUGGAAAUCGAUCAGGACAUCCUUUUUCACCACCAAGCACCUCAUUAUUUCGCCAGAUCAAUUGAAACGAGUCUUUGAACAAGAUAGGGUCGUCCAGAAAAAAUUUAUAUGCAACAACUUGAGUAUAAUUUGUAUUUGUAGGUUUGUAAGUUAGUCCAGAUUGAAAGCCUUCAUAAGAAUUAUCAUUGAAGUAGAAUGCCGAUAGGAAAAAAUCUUCCGUGCCAGAGGAGAGAAAUGUAAUUUCGUCAGAAUUGUCGAUCUUUGCACGCACGCAUCCCUCCAUAAAUGUGGCUGUAUCGCUACGAAUGUCAAAUGUGACAAGGAAUAACAUUCCAGACUUGUUACUCGUAUUCGAAAGGGUCACAAAGUCAAAUGGAGCUAUGACCUUGUCCUGUUUGUAAACCCGGAGUCUUGUUUUGUUUGGCAAUUCAAAUGACCCAACCGCUAAUUUAACACCAAGCAAUCCUCGCACAAUAUACCUUGGGAAAAAUUAAAAACA